CAUGCCUCUGAUGAUCAACCACGGUUUAGUAGAUUUAUUCAUUCACUUAUUUAAUUGUUAUUUUUUUUAUUGUUUUUAAUUACUGUUUCCGUUGAAGCUGGACUUUUUUGUCAAGUUGAUACCAAGUGUCCUCUUCCGACCCGCUUUGUCGAUCUGCCGCGGAGCUCUUUUGGCUCUUUGGCUCUCCGCGCCGAUGCUCCAUUUAUCAGCCAACUUUCAUUGCUCCGGAAACUGAUCAUUUGCAGUCAAGGCGCAAUUGUUUCAACCUCUGUUUCCGAACGAUAAAGCUUGUCCUCACGUUUUAUCUUCCCAAUAGUCACCAUGGCUCGUCUGAGCUAUCUGCUCGUGAGCUGCCUCAGCGUCGUGAGCGCUGCUUCGGCAGUCGUCGACCUGGUCCCCAAGAACUUCGACAACGUCGUCCUCAAGUCCGGCAAGCCCGCUCUCGUUGAAUUCUUCGCCCCCUGGUGCGGUCACUGCAAGAACCUGGCGCCUGUGUACGAGGAUCUUGGACAAGCUUUCGCCCAUGCCGAAGACAAAGUUACCAUCGGCAAGGUCGAUGCUGACGAGCACCGCGAUCUCGGCAAGAAAUUCGGUAUCCAGGGGUUCCCGACUUUGAAAUGGUUCGAUGGCAAGAGUGACAAGCCCGUGGACUACAACGGCGGUCGUGAUCUGGAGAGUUUGUCUAGCUUCGUGUCGGAGAAGACGGGCAUCAAGCCUCGUGGCCCGAAGAAGGAGCCCAGCGAGGUUGAGAUGCUGACGGAUUCCUCCUUCAAAACUACUAUUGGAAGUGACAAGGACGUUUUGGUUGCUUUCACCGCCCCUUGGUGUGGACACUGCAAGAACCUCGCCCCUACCUGGGAGUCCCUCGCGAAGGACUUCGUCCUCGAGCCCAACGUUGUGAUCGCCAAGGUCGAUGCUGAGGCAGAGAAUGCCAAAGCCACUGCCCGGGAGCAGGGUGUCACCGGCUACCCGACCAUCAAGUUCUUCCCCAAGGGCUCCAAGGAGGGCAUUGCUUACUCUGGCGCUCGCUCGGAGGAGGCCUUCGUUGAGUUCGUGAACGAGAAGGCUGGCACCCACCGCUCCGUCGGAGGCGGUCUUGAUGACAAGGCUGGCACCAUCGCCUCCCUCGACGAGCUGGUCGCUAAGUACACCUCCUCCCAGAACGUCGAGGAGCUCCUCAGUGAGGUGAAGACGGCUGCAAAGGGUCUGCAGGACAAGUACGCCCAGUACUAUGUCAAGGUUGCCGAGAAGCUCAGCCAAAACAAGGAGUAUGCCGGCAAGGAAUUGGCUCGUCUGAAGAAGAUCAUCGCCAAGGGUGGUUCGGCGCCGGAGAAGGUCGACGACCUCAUCUCUCGUAGCAAUGUUCUGCGCCAGUUCCUUAGCCAGGAGAAGAGCGACAUGGACAUGAAGGAUGAGCUGUAAGUGUACAAAUUCGUAUAUGACGUGAUGGGGACACACCC